AUGGCAAAGCAAAUAAUGUCUUCUUCAAACUUGUUAUUUUUCUCUCUAACUCUAUUAAUCAUCACACUCUCCCCCAUACCAAUUUUCGCUUCUGCUUCUUUGGAGGAAGCCAAUGCUCUUCUUAAAUGGAAAGCAAGCCUUGAAAUACCAAAAAAUUCUUUGCUCUCUUCAUGGAUUCCCCUCCCUUUGAAUUCCAGCGCAUCAGCUCCAUGCACUUCUUGGUUUGGAGUAGUUUGCAAUGCUGAUGGGAGCAUUCAGAAGUUGAACCUCACAUCAUCUGGAUUAAAGGGUACGCUUCAUAGAUUUUCAUUCUCUUUGCUACACAAUCUUACACGUUUUAAUCUUAGUAUAAACAACUUCUUUGGCCCCAUCCCACCUGAAAUAAGACACUUGUCCAAACUUGUAUAUCUUGAUUUUUCAUUCAAUAAGUUUUCUGGAGUAAUCCCACCUGAAAUAGGAAACCUGCACCAGCUAAACAUCUUGCACCUAUACUCAACCAAUAUAUCUUGCUCAAUUCCUUCUUCAUUGGGCGAUUUGACACUUUUGAAUAUCCUUUAUUUGUACAAAAAUCAACUCUCUGGUUCCAUUCCUACAGAACUUGCAAAUUUGAAGUCUCUCACUCAUCUUGAGGUGGCCUACAAUCAACUUAGCGGUUCAAUACCUUCAUCACUGGGUGAUUUGACAUCUUUGAAUGUCCUUUAUUGUGGUUCUAUUCCUUCAUCAUCAGGUGAUUUGGCGUCUUUGAAUGUCCUUUAUUUAUGGAAAAAUCAACUCUCUGGUCCCAUUCCUAUUGAACUUGGGAAUUUGAAAUCUCUCACUAAUCUUGAUUUUCUCACUGAUCUUGAGGUGGCCGACAAUCAACUUAGUGGUCCUAUUCCUUCAUCACUAGACAAACCUCAGCAACAUACAAUGACUGACCCUCGGUGUGAACUUGGGAAGGUGAAGUCUAUCACUGAUUUUAAGGUGAAUAACAAUCCAAUUAGUGGUUCUAUUCCACUGGAUUUUGGAAAUUCAACUCAACUACAAAGACUUGACCUCUCUUCGAAUCAUUUGGUUGGUGAGAUCCCAAGGGAGUUUGGGAAAAUGAAAAUACUUGAUCUAUCCAAAAAUAGAUUAAAUGGGUCGAUUCCUACAACUAUUGGUCAAUGGGCACAAAUCCACUACUUAAAUCUUAAUAAUAACAAGCUCAAUGAGAAAAUUCCAUCUGAGAUUGGUAAAUUAGUUCAUCUUACGGAACUUGAUUUAUCUCAGAAUUCCCUCACGAAAGAGAUAUCAUCUGAAGUUCAAAGUUUGCAAAGUUUGAUAAAAUUGGAUCUUUAUCACAAUAGACCCUCUGGUUCUAUUUCUGAUGCUUUUACGCAUUUGCCUCGUAGGAUUGAGAUCAACCUUUCUUACAAUGAGCUCUCAGGCCCGGUCCCCCUUUGGGUUAACUUUGUGAAUGUGUCCAUAGAAAGCAAUCCAGAUUUGUGUGGGAAUGCUACAUGA